UAAAUUUAUCAAUUUCGCUGUCAAUAUAAAUAGAGUUUAAUGGAAAACAUUGUACACACAUUCUUCUGCCAGUGCGAUGCAUGUCGUCGAUUUCUUUUUUUUGUAUUAUGUUUCUCAAAAAAAACGACAUUUGAAAACUGGUGAACUCACUUAAUCAAACACCAAUAUAUUUGUAAAUUAACUACAAAUCUAAUAGCUUGAUCUAGAAAGGACUGUUGAAUCAUUUGAAUAAUAUCCUAAAUUGAAUAUUGCUUGAAGGAAUUUAUCACCAACCAAGACCAAAAUGGCUCCAGGUGCGUUGCAGCAAAGACAAAUGAUUUCCUCGCCGAGUAUUAAACCGCAGUUUAAUUUUACAUUCAAUGCAAACGAAAAUCGUGCGGGUCUGUCGUCCAGAGAUGAAUUCGGAAACAUUAUUCAUCAACUUACACAGACCGAUCCAUUUCCCGUCAGUGGUGAAUCGCCACCUCGAGUGAUAAAAACACACGCGGCGAUCAGGACCGAACACUAUCUGUUAAACACCAAUUUCGAUGAUCUGGACCGGAUACGGAAUUCCAUGCAUCCGAGAGAUGUAGAAAACGCCGUCAACAAGUAUUCGCUGUACGUGGAAAACACUGUCAAAGGGCUGGUUGCCGGCAAGUUCGCCGAAGCUCAAGGACCGAACCUGCUCAACAAACUGUACAACUUGAUGUGCCUCGCGACGACGAUUCGCGAGCUCAACAGUUUGCUGCGCAACAAGUUCCGGGACUGUGGUGGAACGAAUUUGUUGAUAAACAACUGUGAUUCCAAUGACCCGAGACUCCAAUACUCCAGCGCCAGGCUAUUGGUGGAAUGCCUAGACUCAGCUAAUCUAGAUUACGUGGUCCAACACGGUCUGGUUAAAGUCAUGCACGUGGUGCACGCGUUUAGGCGUCAAGAGCAGAGUACGGUCGUCCAAUCAAAAGUCAGCACUGGUUUACUCGCAAAAUUAUUCGGACACAGCGAGGGCACGUGUAUGCGUGUAAUUCGACUUCAGGGUUUAGACGUACUUUUGGCGGAAUGCCAAAGUCGGGAUACCGUGACUCUGCGAAAUUGCGCACGCGCACUCGCAAACUUAUCGCUGUACGGCGGCACCGAGAUUCACCAUCUGAUGGUCCUUCGUCACGCGCACGCCUGGCUGUUUACGUUGGCGUUCAACGUGGACGAGAUCGUCGAAUAUUACGCCCUACUGGCCACGGCCGUAUUGGCGGCCGACAAAACCAUCGAGGCGGCCAUGGUCAAGUGCGACACGAUGGAUCUGAUCGACCGCUUCCUCGCCACGCACGUCCCGGCGGAUCUCGUCAGAAUYGACGCACAGGUCGGUCAAGUGUUGGGUCAGAGGCGGCGUUGGCUGCAGUGGCUCGUCCCGGUCUUGAGCUGCGACCGUUGCGCGGCGCACACUUUGGCCGCCUUUCAUUUUUGCGCGGAAGCCGACCCCGCGUGUCAGCUCCGCCACGGCGAGAUCACCGGAACUUUCAGGACGAUCGGCGCCGUUGAACCGUUGAAAAAGUUGGCCGGUUCCCUCAACGACGUCGCUUCCGGGUUAGCGGCACAAGCGUUGCGGGGUAUCGGCGAACAAGUGCCGCGGCCGCUCAGCCAGAAAGUACCGCUGUGGAUGGCCGAAGACGUCCUCCAGUGGGCCAAAAGUACUGGUUUCGAAGAGUUGGCCGAACGCUUGGUGGACGAUCGGAUUGGCUGUGUGGACGGCAAUCGGCUGUUGAUGUUGAACGAAAAACGCCUCCAAGAACAUGUUGGGAUACAGAAUGGAAUUAUGCGACUAAGAUUUAUGAGGGAAUUACACAAGUUAAAACAGUUGACCGAUUAUAGAUGUAUAGAUCCGACCAAUUUAAACUCGUUUUUACAAUCGAUUGGGCCAGAGUUCUCUGUUUAUACGUAUUGUAUGUUGAAUGCUGGRUUUGACAGUGAAUCGAUCAGGUACAUAACGGAUGACGAACUCACAUCCAAGUGUGGAAUCACAAACGGUAUUCAUCGCAGUGUGAUACUAAAUUAUAUCAAAGAUAAUUAAUGUUGACAUUUUAAMGGUAAAAUCAACAAUUCUUUUUCUCUUUGAUUUUACAUAAAUUGGUACUGGGUACAUAAACCAAUGGAAAGAAAAACCAAAUAUUUGAAGAAUUUAUCAUAAAUUUUAUUUGACCAAGUAAAACUUAAUUUACUAUUUUAGUAAU